AUGGGAGACGAAAGUAAGGGAACUCAGACGGAGGCCGUUCCUCUCCUAAUUCCACUCAAGAUGGGUAAAUUUGAUCUUUCUAGCAGGAUUGUUUUGGCACCAUUAUCCAGAUUGAGAUCUUACAAUUUCCUUGCACAACCACAUGCCAUUCUGUAUUACUCACAAAGAACCACCAAGGGUGGCUUUAUGAUCGGAGAAGCCUCCGGAAUUUCAGAAACUGCUCAAGGUUAUCCAAAUACUCCUGGAAUUUGGACAAGAGAACAGGUAGAAGCGUGGAAGCCAAUUGUGGAUGCUGUUCAUAAGAAAGGGGGUAUAUUCUUCUGCCAACUUUGGCAUGCAGGGAGAGUUUCAAAUUACAGUUUUCAGCCUAAUGGUCAACCUCCAAUCUCCUGUACUGACAAGCCAAUUCAAAGCGAGUUCGAUAUCGGUGGCUCUGGAGGAGCAGAUUUCUCACCUCCACAACGGUUGACAGUUGAACAAAUCUCUCAAGUUAUCAAUGACUUCAAAAUUGCUGCUAAAAAUGCUAUUGAAGCAGGAUUCGAUGGAGUAGAGAUUCACGGAGCAAAUGGGUACCUGCUCGAUCAGUUUAUGAAAGAUCAAGUGAACGACAGAAGAGAUGAAUAUGGAGGAAGCUUAGAGAACCGUUGUCGUUUCCCACUAGAAGUGGUUGAAGCAGUUGCAAAUGAGAUUGGAGCUGAUAGGGUUGGAAUUAGACUCUCUCCUUAUGCCAAUUACAAUGAGUCUGGCGACUCAAACCCGGACGCUCUUGGAAUUUACAUGGCUGAGUCAUUGAACAAAUACGGAGUUCUCUAUUGUCAUGUGAUUGAGCCAAGAAUGGUGACACAGUUUGAUAAGCAGGAGACCACAAAUAGUCUGCUGCCCAUGAGAAAGGCUUUCAAAGGGACUGUCAUUGUUGCUGGUGGAUACAAUAGAGAAGAAGGUAAUAAAGUUGUUGGCAGUGGUGGUGCUGAUCUUGUUGCAUUUGGACGCUUAUUCUUGGCAAACCCAGAUUUGCCUAAAAGAUUUGAACUCAAUGCUUUCCUCAACCAGUAUGACAGAAGCACUUUUUACACAUCUGACCCUAUUGUUGGGUACACAGACUACCCAUUCCUUGAAUCGAGUGCAUAG